UGGUGGAGGACAUCACCGCCAUCGACGUGCAGGUGGGGCAGCUCUUCGAGGAGGGGGUGAGGCGGGCACAGAGCAGCGAUUCCAGUCGGCGCGCCUUCUCCGUCUACAGCAGCUCGCGGGCACCCGGCCGCUAUGCCCCCAGCUACACCCCCAGUGCCCCCAUGGACACCCACCUGCUCAGCAACAUCCAGAAGCUUUUCUCUGAGCGCAUUGACAUCUUCAGCCCUGUUGAGUUCAACAAGGUGUCGGUGCUGACGGGGAUCAUCAAGAUCAGCCUGAAGACGCUGCUGGAGUGCGUGCGGCUGCGCACGCUGGGGCGCUUCGGGCUGCAGCAGGUGCAGGUGGACGGGCACUACCUGCAACUCUACCUGUGGCGCUUCGCCUCCGACGAGCGCGUGGUGCAGGGGCUGCUGGACGAGGUGGCCGCCAGCGCCGCCCACCGCUGCCUCGACCCCGUCCCCAUGGAGCACAGCGUGGUGGAGCUCAUCUGCGAGCGCGGGUAGGAUCAGGGACAGGGACGUGCCACACCGGGGCCUCUUACACCUCUGGGGACACACCUGGGCCCUCUGAGUCCCUGCACGUACAUGAGGGCAAUCUGUGUGACCUUCCCAACAAGAGUGUCCUCACAAGGAUGUCCUUGUCGCACCAUGUUGUUCAAACCCCCCCCUUCCCCACUGCUUCCCCAGCCCAGUGACACAGUGUCAUCCCCUCACCCUGGUGACAUUCCCUUGUGCCUGGAGACAGCCCCUUUGUCACUAAUAAAUUAUGUGUGAGUUGAA